UUUGAGCAUAAAUUACGUCAAUAAACAAAUACUUGAAGUAAACAAAAACAUAGAAAGUAUUCAAAAUAUUUACGAAUAAAAUCAAUGUUUUCCAAGACAUGAGUCAUUCAAACCAAUCAACCGAUGGACCCGUCGUUAAGAGAUAUCGUCGCGAAUCUCCGAAAUCCGAGUCCAAUCAAUCAGAUGACGACUCGUAUGUGCCGUACGUUCCGGUCAAACACCGACAGAAAGCAAUGCACCAACAGUUGACUCGUGUCCGCGAUUUGGUUUCGUCGACCGACGAGGAAAGGUCACGAACCGGUUUCGAUGAUCACGAGAACCGUACGGCCGAUGGAAGCAAAGCUGCCGAAGUUGUCGAUGAGUUAGACGAAUGGCGUAAAUCUAAUGUCAGUCUUUUGGAUCAACACAAUGAACUGAAAAAAAAGUUUGAACUCAAAAAAGAGUCGGCGAUUGAGAAACAACUGAAAGAGGAAGAAAAACUUCUGGAAAGUGUGGCCGAAAAGAAGGCGCUGAUGGCUGUGUCUGAGUUGGCUAAAGGUAUUCAAUACUUUGAUCCGAUUAAAACCGGUUGGCAACCGCCGCGACAUAUUCGGGAAAUACCUAAAGAAAAACACGAAGCUUUGAGACAAAAGUACCGAAUUUUGGUCGAAGGCGAAGACAUUCCCGAACCAAUCAAAACAUUUAAAGAAAUGAAAUUUCCAAAAAGUAUUAUAAAUGCACUGAAAAAGAAAAAAAUUACUAAACCGUCACCCAUUCAGAUGCAGGGAUUACCAGCAGUGCUGUCCGGUCGAGACAUGAUUGGCAUUGCAUUUACCGGUUCAGGAAAGACAUUGGUGUUUGUGAUGCCAGUCAUUAUGUUCUCUUUAGAACAGGAGCUGUCGCUACCAUUUAUCAAAGAUGAGGGUCCAUAUGGUCUGAUCAUAUGUCCAUCCCGUGAAUUGGCCAAACAGACCUACGAAAUUAUACAGUAUUAUUGCGAAGCACUGAUGCACAGCGGAAUGCCUUCUCUUCGGGCGUGUCUAUGCAUUGGUGGUGUUUCCAUCAAAGAACAGGCAGAUCUAAUUAGACGAGGAGUUCACAUAAUGGUUGCCACUCCGGGACGUCUGAUGGAUAUGUUGGAGAAGAAAAUGAUUGGACUCCAUGUCUGUCGAUAUUUAGUUUUGGAUGAAGCGGAUCGUAUGAUUGAUAUGGGAUUCGAAGAGGACGUCAGAACCAUAUUCUCAUAUUUUAAAGGCCAAAGACAGACACUAUUAUUUUCAGCGACAAUGCCUAAGAAAAUCCAGAACUUUGCAAGAAGUGCUUUAGUCAAACCGGUUACAGUUAAUGUCGGCCGCGCCGGUGCCGCGUCAAAGGAUGUCGAACAACAGGUCGAAUAUGUUAAACAAGAGGCGAAGAUUGUUCACCUAUUGGAUACAUUACAAAAAACAGAGCCACCAGUUCUUAUAUUUGCAGAGAAGAAACAGGAUGUCGAUGCCAUACAUGAAUAUUUGUUGUUAAAAGGUGUAGAAGCGGUGGCCAUUCACGGUGGCAAAGAUCAAGAAGAGAGAUCACGCGCUGUGGCCGAGUUUAGGCGCUCAGAAAAGGAUGUCUUAGUGGCCACUGAUGUUGCUUCUAAAGGACUCGAUUUUCAAGAGAUCAAACAUGUUAUUAAUUAUGAUAUGCCGGGAGAUAUUGAAGAUUAUGUGCACCGAAUUGGUCGUACGGGUCGUUAUGGUAGACAAGGAAUAGCGACAACUUUUAUUAAUAAAUCGAUCGAAGAAUCAAUUUUAUUGGAUUUAAAGCAUCUGCUUAUUGAAGCCAAACAAAUAUUACCCCCAUUUCUUGAGGCACUUCAAUCGGAAUCUGAAAAAUAUUUGGAUUUGGGAGAUGAAAGGGGAUGUGCUUAUUGUGGCGGUUUGGGUCAUCGUAUCACUAACUGUCCUAAACUGGAGGCCAUGCAAAACAAACAGGCCUCGAGUGUCGGCCGCAAAGAUUACUUGGCCGCCGGAACAGCUGAUUGGUGAACAUGUUA